GGAAGUAACAUGGUCGGAUUGUUGUGCUGUAAUAAGAAAGCGUGGUAGGGCAGGUGUCGGAAACGUCCCCCUUAUGGCUCUGUCCUGUUUUACCAGACAGCUGCUCAGGUGCGCGGGGUUUCCUCCGGUAGGAAAGUGCACGACCCCGGCACUGAGGUCUAAUCGCGAGCUCCGAGACCUGACACACAGGUAUGCACGUGUAGCCCGGAAUGAGCGAGUCCUGGGACGGUACAGAGGGUUUCAUACCAGCAGUCAUGCCCUAGUCACAAAGAUCAUGACUGCGGAUGAGAUGUUCUCUAGGAAAUCCCUGCAGGACCACCUGAGGAUGCUGCAGACGGAGUACACCGAGUGUCUGCGAGCUGUCAGUGCCACACACCUGCAGCCAGACGAGGAGGAGGCGAGAACAACCAGGAGGAGACUCAGUGCUUUAGAGCCUCUGGUCCUGAAAAUCAGGGAGCUGGAAUCCAAACAGAGGGAGUUUGAGGAGACUGAGGCAUUACUGAAAGAAAAUGACCCCGACUUGCGCGAGCUCGCAGAGACCGAGAAGAAGCACUGCAUGGCAUCUAUUCAACAAAUCAGACAAACGAUUCUCUCUCUUCUCAUUCCUAAAGAAGAAUCAGAUAUGAGUGACCUGGUCCUGGAGGUCACAGCUGGGGUUGGAGGUCAAGAGGCCAUGCUUUUUACAGCAGAGAUUUUUGACAUGUACCAGAACUAUGCUGCUUUUCAUGGCUGGGGCUUUGAUAUGCUUGAAUAUAUGCCAAGUGAUAUAGGGGGUUUACGCCACGCCACAGCCAGCAUAAGUGGUCCAAUGUGCUACAAGAAGAUGAAGUUUGAAGCAGGCGUCCAUCGAGUUCAGAGAGUCCCAAAGACGGAGAAACAAGGCCGCAUGCACACCAGCACAAUGACUGUAGCGAUUUUGCCACAACCUGCAGAGAUCUCCUUCACCAUUAAUGUCAAAGACCUGAGGAUUGAAACGAAACGAGCGAGCGGAGCCGGAGGACAGCACGUAAACACGACAGACAGUGCUGUAAGGAUCGUCCAUUUACCAACAGGCAUCGUGUCUGAGUGUCAGCAGGAGCGCUCUCAGAUCAAAAACAAAGAGAAGGCCAUGAAGGUGCUGAGAGCAAGGCUCUACAGUGCAAAGCUGGAGGAGGAGACCAGUAAGAGAUACCAGACACGCAAACUCCAGAUUGGCACUAAAGGCAGAUCGGAAAAAAUCAGGACCUACAACUUUUCUCAAGAUCGCAUCACCGACCAUCGGAUUGGCAAAACUCUGCAUGACAUACAUGGAUUUUUAUUAGGGGAGGAGCUGCUGGAUGAGAUGAGCGUGUCUUUGCAGCAGUUCUCCGAACAGGAAGCUCUCAUGGACAUUGUCGAAGUUUAAUGACUGAAAUCAAUAACCAUAUAUAACAUUUUAAAAUUGUUUAUUAAAUGCCUUUUUGUUGA